AUCAGAUUUUACAAAGUUUGAAUGCUGCUCCUGACUGUGAACAGAUAGCUUUGCUUAUUAAUUUACCUUGACACAUGCAAUGUUCGGCCGAGUUUAUAUAUAUCAGUUGUAAACGACGCUCUGCAUUGAACAUUGAGAAAGCUUUGAGUUUGGUGUUGGAUAAAAAAAAAAUGGGUGCCAUAUUUUACUCGCUCGUGGUUUUGCUGCAAGUAACAGCGUUGCUGUCUACAUCACCCCCAAAAUGCAAGCCAUCAGACUCCGACUGCCUGAAGUCAGCGGCUCAAGCCUUGACGCCGCUGCUCGCGGCCGGCAUGCCCGUGCUCGGCACGGAACCGCUAGACGUGAUGCGCGUCGACGAGAUCCGCAUGGACCUGGCCGGUCUGCGGCUCAACAUGACCAACUCCAGUAUCAAGGGACUUAAGAACGCAGUUAUUGACAAAAUCAAAUUCGACAUGACUAAAAAGCAGCUGGUGAUUUUGUACCACGCUGACGUGGAGCUCACUGGACAAUACAAGGCAGCCGGCCGGCUGAUCAUCCUACCCAUCAGCGGGAAUGGAGACGUCAAGAUAGAACUCAAAAACUACAAUUCAAAGAUGUUGAUACCUUUCACCAUCGUGAAGAACAAGGAAGGCAAGGAUACGAUGCACAUGAAGGAGUUCAAAAACGAAUUUGACAUUAAAGACGGAGCUCACUAUUCGUUGACCAAUCUCUUCAAUGGCAAUAAGGUUUUGAGUGAUAGUAUGCUGAAAUUUAUGAAUGAAAAUUGGAAGCUCCUAUCCACAGAAUUCGGAGGAUCCUUAAUGCAGAAACCAAACAAAAAGAUAUUUCACGUAAUUAGAAAGUAUCUGCAGAACAAACCCAUAGACGAAAUCUUAGAUGUUUAAGAUUUUAAUACCAAAUAGUAGUAAUAAAUACAUAUAAAAGUAUAUAAAUAUGAUAGUAUAAGUAUAUGCAUAUAAUAGUAUAUAAAUUGUUAAUGCCAGGUGGAAAUUUUUUGAUUCUUUUUUUCCAUGAAGCGAACUUAAAGUAAUCAUGUCGCCAUAUAGUGACAUAGUAGGUAUAUACCUAGAUCCUAAUUAGUGAUAUUGCUUUAUUGUCACAUAAGUUCUUGAAGUUCACGUAGUAUAAAAUAACUAUGUUAAAAUAACUAAAAGUUAUACUAAUAUGUGUGUGUAUGUUGCAGUAGGUUUUCAAAAUAUAGGAAUAGUUCUCAAAGUUUUCCCGACAUUUAAACAAAACUCUGAGGAUUUCCCCCAUUGAAAAAUUUAAAAUUUUGUUUCUUAUAUAGAAUAAGGGCCUUUUCGUGUAAAAAUAUCAGCAGCAAUUCAGCUGAGCAUACCAAUGGCCUUCGGUCCACCUCAUCUUAAGGUUAGUUUCAUAUUGAGAUAUUCUAGAACGAUGUUUUUUUGGGCCUAAAUUAAAUAGACCGAACAUCAUGUUAUCCUUGCUUGUGUUGCUUGUUAGCUAGCCCAAUUCAAAAACAAACCGAUUCACUGUAGUUAACCUGACUGAAAUUAACUCAACGAAUGAUAUUUAUCAAUGUGUAAUUGUAAGUGAAGUCUUUUUUAUGCAUUUUGACAGAUAUUGACGUACACGCACACGCGAGCGUUUUCCAAAAAAAAAAGGUACAUUUCAUCAAAAUAUUCAUUAUUUAUUUAUAUUUAUAGUGUAGUAUUUUAUUUAUAUUUUUGUGUCUUCAAAAUAUUGACUUCUUGAACUCAUUUUACUCAGAAUCAUUUGUACAUUCACGCCUCAUUCAUGAAAAAAUGUGUCCCAUGUAUGAAAAAUUGUUGUCCAGUGCGUCACGUUCAUACAAAUAAAAAAAUUAUUCAUAUAAAAAUGUGACGAUCUUGGGACAUAUUUUUUCAUGUAUGAGGCGCGAAUAUACAAAUGAUUCUGAGUAAAAUGAGCCCAAGAAGUCAAUAUUUUGAAGACAUGAAUGACAUGUACAGUUUUUUUGGAAAACGCUCACUGUGCAGUGAUACCUACUUUCUGCUACUUAUUCGGCCAUUAUUGGACAUUAUGGACUUAUUUUGACUAGAAAGAGAACUAAAGUUGUACUUAUCUUGCCUUUUGUGACUCAUGUCAUAUCAUGUGGUGUGUGAGUGUGACGUACUUUUAGAUUAGAAAAUAUACCUCAGUCAUUACUAGUUAAGUUUUUGUUUUCAAGACAUGUGUAAAUGACAAAUCGAUUCUAUGUUUCGUAAAUGUACAGUAUUUGUAAAUAUAGAACGACUAAGAUUUUUGAAUAGAAAUAGAAAAUGUAAUACAUACAAUACAAUUUUGUUAAGUACAUACAAUACAAUAAGAUUAUAAUAGUUAUAAGUAAGUUAUGCU